AUGUCCGAGUGGUCUCCUCGCGCUGAUGAGUCCGGUUCAAGCGUUGACAGCGAUAAUGAUUAUGAAACUUUCGUGAAUUCUCUGCGACAUCAGUCCAUCGGCGAGAACGAGAGGGUCACUGUUCCUUACGAUGGUUCCUCGAGAAAGCUUGUGUACUGCGAUUUCACCGCAUCAGGCCGUAGUGUGUCUGCCAUCGAGGAGUUCAUUACCGCUACUGUGUGCCCCACAUACGCCAACACUCACUCGCUGGCCUCCGCAACUGCACGUCAAACGAUGCACUACCGCGAAGAGGCCGAGACAAAGUCGUGA